UUUUUUGCAAGUAGCUCUUGCUUAUCAACCAAAAACCAUGGUAAAGGUUCAUGAUCCAGUUUUCCCCAGGUUGGCCAUGAGAGUAGCAUUUAUCACCGGCGGAGCUCAAGGGAUCGGAGAGAAAACCGCAAGGCUAUUCGUUAAACAUGGAGCCAAAGUCGUCAUUGCUGAUAUCCAAGAUGACUUAGGUCAAUCUGUUUGCAAAGAUAUCGGUCUUGAUACGGCUACUUUUGUCCAUUGUGACGUGACUGUUGAAUCAGAUGUUGAAAAUGCCAUCAAUAUGACACUUGCCAAGUAUGGUAAGUUGGACAUAAUGAUCAAUAAUGCAGCCAUAGUGGAUGACCUAAAGCCCAAUAUUCUUGAUAACGAUUUGGCUACUUUUGAACGAGUAAUGAAGGUCAAUGUAACCGGCGUGUUCUUAGGAACCAAGCAUGCGGCUCGAGCCAUGAUCCCAGCUCGUAGUGGCAACAUCAUUACAAUGGGAAGUGUGUCAGGGAGCAUUGGAGGGAUCAUUUCUCAUUCUUACUCGAGUUCAAAACAUGCGAUCGUGGGGUUAACUAAGAACACUGCAGCCGAGCUUGGCCAAUAUGGGAUUCGCGUUAAUUGCUUAUCACCUCAUUUCAUUCCCACGCCUUCAACCGCUAAUAUGAUAAAUGAUCAUCCUGAAAAAUACUCAAAAGUUUAUUCAAACCUCAAAGGGGUAUCUCUUAAUCAAGACGAUGUUGCGGAUGCUGCUCUAUUUCUUGCUAGCGAUGAGGCGAGGUACAUGAGUGGUCAUAAUCUCGUACUCGAUGGAGGGUUUACCGUGAUUAAUCCAGCUUUUGGCCUAUUUGCACGAGCUUUCCCUUUGGAAUAGCUCUUAUGUUCUAGUUUGCUUGUUUUAAUUGCAAUGUUUCUUAGUUCAGUGUAUAAUAAUAAGAGUAACUCAUGUGUAUGAUGUGUUUACUGUUUCAUUUU